GGAAGGGAGGGAGGAGUUCCCCAGGCUGGGCAACCCUGCAAGAGUCAGGUCACCCAUUCAUCUUGGGGCCACUGCGUGGGGGUCUCCCUGGGUCUCACCAGCAGAGCAGGGCCGGGAAGGAGGAGAUCAGGCUGGCUGGCUACUCCUGUGCUCCCAGGAAGGGUUGCCAGCUCAGGAUCCGGCCCUCUGAACGCCAAUUUGGUGCAAGAAGCCAGAAGGGGAUCCGGUUUCUCUUCAGGCUGGGAACAGAGUCUCGACCUGGUCUUCAUGUGGAACCUCCGCGGAAGGCACACAGGCGCUGGGCAGGCUGGAGUUUCUCCUGGUCACUUGGCAACCCCCAGUGGAAAGGCAUGUGGGACUCAAGGCCAAGUCGUGUCUAACUGCAGAGGGCCGUUUGCGGGUUGGGGAGGGAUUAUAAAGCUGGCCCCACAGAGAUACCCCCUUUGACAAAAAGGAGGGUGCUGGCCUUGUCUGGGUCUCCACAUCCUGAGCUUCUGCUUGCGGCUAAAAGCAAAUUGAAAUUCCCCUGUGGAGCGUUUGGAGCAAACCGUGACCUAGUGGGAGAAUUUCUGCAUCUUCAGUCCUGCAAGGAGUCUUUUCUAUGUCAUGACAAAUGGGAUUCCUUUGACGUAGGAGGAUAAGUGAAUACAGCCCUGCUUUGGGAGGCUGGGGGCCUGCUUUUGACCAUAGCAGGGGGGUGUAGCAUGGCAUGGGAUUCCUGCGAAACAAAAUGCAUUUCCCAUCCAGUUCCAGUCUUUUGAUUUGUAGCUAUUCCAGCCCUCUCCACUAGUGGGCAGAUCAGGAGAAUUCCAAAUGGAAAAAGGUUAAGAAUCCCUUUUCUUCAGGGUGAGCUCUUUAGGGUAAGAGAACAUAAUAUAAGAACAUAAGAAAUGUUAUGGUGGGUCAGAGCAAGGGCCAUCAAAUCCAACAAUCUGUUCACAGAGUGCUUUUAGGAAGCCCACAAGCAUGAUAGCUGCACCAGCACUGUGGAUCAGGGUAAAGCGGCUUCAAGGAACUCCAUCUUGGAUGGUAUUUGCUGACAUGGCAGUUUACUGCUCUUCCAAUGAAUGUGGUAAAUGUACAGGCAAGGCCAGCUGGUAUGGUUCUGAGGUUAACAUAGAAUCAUAGAGUUCUAGAGUUUUCAGUUCGGCAGCACCAACUCUGCGUGAUUGUUCUGAGCAAGCAAUGGAGAAAAAGACUACAGGCCCCAAAUUAGGGGAAGUAUCACAGGAAAGAGGAACCAUCCCUCAUGUCCAGGCUGGGAGUAUUGGGGAAAUCCUGCAAAUGAGAAUGGGAUUUCCAAUGAAUCAGCCCUCAAAGGAGGGAUCCCUUUCCCUCAAGCAGUGGGACGUUCGGUGGCAGGAAUUCCUCAGGACGGUGGAGUCCUCUCCCUCUCCAUGGGGAAUCCGACAUUUAUCGGAGAAAACUUCCCCCUGGGCGAAUGCCAAGGCCUUCCUGACCUCCUUUGAACAAGUGGCCGAAGCCUGUCAGUGGCCCCAGGAAGAAUGGGUGACCCGACUCCUGCCAGCCCUCAGUGGAGAAACUGCACAAGCCUUUAACAGGCUGGAUGUCCAGGACAGAGAGAAUUAUGGGAAAGUGAAAGCAGCCAUCUUGAGAGGGGAUUCCCUGAGCCGGGAGAAACAGCGUCAGCAGUUCAGAGGUUUCUGCUACCAGGAGGCUGAGGGACCGCGGGGGGCUUACAUUCGGCUUCGGGAAAUGUGCCACGAGUGGCUGAGAGUGGAAAAUCACAGCAAGGAGCAGAUCGUGGAGGUCUUGAUCCUAGAGCAGCUGCUGAGCAUCCUUUCCCCAGAGAUCCAGAGCCAAGUGAGAGAGAGUGGCCCUGAGAGCUGCUGCCAGGCGGUGGAUCUGGCUGAGGAGUUCCUCUUGAGGCAGAAGCAGGUGCCCUUGGAAGAGGAGACUGGAAGUGUCUCUGAGGAAGGUGUAGCUCCAUCUGAGAGUGAGCAGAGGCAUGCCUUAAUGGGCAUCAAAGAAGAAGAAGAAGAAGAAGAAGAAAGAGAGGCUGGCCUGCUGGCAGGAAUUGUAGGGGAAAUAGCUGGGGAAUUACAAGGAGCAUCACCAAAAAACACUAAAGAGGAAGACUUUGAAGUAAACUUUCGGGAUUCAGAUGGAAACAGGAGGAAGAAGGGAAUCAACACAGAUGAAAAGAGUGAUAAGCCCAUUUGUUGCCAGGGGGAAGGCUUCCAUGAAAUCCUCAUCCAAGAAGAAAGGCCACCUAAAAACAGAAGGAACAAAGGCCUCUGUUUUCACCAGACAGUCCAUUGCAGCAAGAAGCAAAAUGAAAGGAUAGCUUUUGGAAAGACCUUUAUUCAAAAAAUGAGUGUUUGCCAGGAACAAAUUCAUUCGAGAGCAAAACAAUAUAAUUGCUCAGAGUGUGAAAUGAGCUUCAGUCAUCGAACAGCCCUGACUUCGCAUCAAAGAAUUCACUCAGGGGCUGAUCAGGAGAAUGUGGAUGAAGAGGAACUGCCUGGGUUACUGUCGGGCAAAGCCAAGAAUCCGGAGGUGAAAGGAAACUUUAGGAAUCUAGACGGAGCAAAGGGACAUGAAAGAAGCCACCUGGUUGAAAAGAAGAGUCAACCCACUCCUUGCCAAGGAGGGGAUAUCUAUGAAGUAAUUCACGUGGCGGAAGAGGUGUACAAAUGCUUGGAGUGCGGAAUGGGCUUCUCAGAUCAAACCCAAUAUAAUAUCCAUUUGCAAAAGCAUAGUGAAAAGAACAUCCCUAAAUGUUUGGGGUCUGGAAAGAGUUUACUAGGCAGAUCAGAACUUUUUAAACAUCAAAGAGUCCACACAGCAGGGAAAGCGUAUACCUGCUCAUCGUGUGGCAAGAACUUUUCACAGAAAGCAAGCCUUAUUCAUCACCAAAGAAUUCAUUCAGAAGAGAAGCCAUUUAUUGGCUCAGGGAGUGGAAAGAGUUUAUCUGAUAGAAAAAAGGGCAAUGUAUAUUUUACAAAGCUUAAUCGAACAAAAACAUAUAAAUGCUUUCAGUGUGGAAAGUACUUCAGAUACAAAUCUCAGCUCCUUGUGCACCAAAGAGUCCACACAGGGGAAAAACCUUUUGAAUGUUUGGAGUGUGGAAAGAAAUUUAGUCAGAGUGGCAAUCUUCAACAGCAUCAAAGAACCCACACAGUAGAGAAACCUUUUGAAUGCUCAGAGUGUGGAAAGAAAUUCAGUAUGAGUUUGCAUCUUGACCAGCAUCUAAGAACUCACACAGGAGAGAAACGUUUUGAAUGCUCAGUGUGUGGAAAGAAAUUUAGUAGAUGUAUGCAUCUUGAACAGCAUUUAAGAACCCAUACAGGGGAGAAACCUUUCGAGUGCUCUGAGUGUGGAAAGCAAUUCAGUUGGAGUAGCAAUCUUCAGCGGCAUCAAAGAAUCCACACAGGGGAGAAACCUUUUGAAUGCUCAGCAUGUGGAAAGAAAUUCAGUCAGAGUUGCCAUCUUCAACAGCAUCUAAUGGAAAUGGAAGAUGAAGAUUUUGGAGUAGAAGACUGA